UUAAGCGUGUCGAGCGCCGUGCACGCUUGAUUCAGGGCGUAGAAAAUUUACGGUACGUAGUCCGCCCAAAAUUCGGCUGUCCAUCCACGCUUAAGCGGCCGCUACCGAAUCACCGCUCCAAAGGAAAUUUGACACGAACGUGGAGAAACUUGUGUGGUUUGAUAGCACCCGCAUCCCGGAGCCGCUGACGAGCUCGCCUCGUCUCACAUCGGCGCCAGCUGCUAGGUAAAGUGUAUCGAGCAGGGAGACGAACAGGAAUCGCAGCACGCAGAGUUCGUCAAACAUGUUAUUGAAUCGAGCCAGUAAAACGAAUCCCUUCUUCUGAGUCUCUCGCGGAUGCUAAACCACAUCCCGGCGGACAAAUCCUAUACAAAAAUGAGUGUUUUUGUAUGAAAUUUGCCAAUGAAGCAUCGCAGUGAUUACAGAGUCUUGAAGCGUCACGACGGCGAAGAUACGACACACGGAUACCAAAAGCACCGAGAAGAGUUCGCGUAAUCCGUUAUAAAUAGUCGGUUGUUGUAUCGCUACCGAAGGCACUGAAGGUGUGGAGCAACUUCCUCGGGCCAAAUCUUAUGACUCAGACGGGCUAGGCAGCAUCAACUGUGGCACUAGCAGUACCGCGAACUUCCCACAACAACCAGUGCAGCGAGUGUCUCCUUUACUAUCAAUACAUCAGACGUCGCUCGAUCAGCCACCUUCUUGUUCCGGCGGGGAAGAGAAUCGUUUGGUCUUUGGCAGCCAUCGUCACGCACCGGGUACGCUACCGGCAGUGAUUCCACUCUUCGGUAGUACGAUGUCCGGCACUACGGGAAAGCGUAAGGAGAUCUACAAAUACUUGGCACCAUGGCCGCUGUACUCGAUGAACUGGUCGGUGCGGCCGGACAAGCGCUUCCGGCUUGCAUUGGGCAGCUUCGUGGAGGAGUACAACAACAAGGUACAGAUCAUCAGUCUAGAUGAAGAUACUAGUGAGUUCAGCGCGAAAAGCACUUUCGAUCAUCCGUAUCCGACAACGAAAAUCAUGUGGAUCCCAGACUCGAAGGGUGUGUAUCCAGAUCUGCUGGCAACGAGCGGCGACUACCUGCGCCUGUGGCGUGCCGGUGAGCCGGAUACCCGCCUCGAAUGCGUCCUGAACAACAACAAAAACAGUGACUUCUGCGCUCCGCUCACCUCGUUCGAUUGGAACGAAGUCGACCUAAACCUAGUCGGUACGUCCUCGAUCGAUACGACUUGCACGAUCUGGGGCCUCGAGACAGGGCAGCCGCUUGGGCGAGUCAACCUCGUGUCCGGUCAUGUAAAGACGCAGCUGAUUGCGCACGACAAGGAGGUGUACGAUAUCGCGUUUUCACGGGCCGGUGGCGGCCGGGAUAUGUUCGCCUCGGUCGGUGCUGACGGAAGUGUUCGGAUGUUCGAUUUGCGCCAUCUGGAACAUUCGACCAUCAUCUACGAGGAUCCGGCACACACGCCGCUGCUACGGUUGGCCUGGAACAAACAGGACCCGAACUAUCUGGCCACGGUGGCUAUGGACAGCUGCGAGGUGAUCAUACUAGACGUCCGAGUUCCCUGCACGCCCGUUGCUCGCCUCAGCAACCACCGUGCUUGCGUUAACGGGAUCGCGUGGGCACCGCACAGCUCUUGCCACAUCUGCACGGCUGGAGACGACCACCAGGCGUUGAUUUGGGACAUUCAGCAAAUGCCGCGCCCAAUCGAGGAUCCAAUUCUCGCAUACACGGCAGCCGAAGGAGAGGUUAACCAGAUCCAGUGGGGCGCGACGCAGCCCGAUUGGAUAGCGAUUUGCUACAAAACUGCGUGCGAGAUACUACGCGUCUAAGCGAGCGAGCGUCCUGAGUGUGGCAGUUUCUUGGAAUUUGCCCCACGGACGUCGCAUACACUGCUGAUUACUUACGAUUAGUGUUGGGUAACUGCACUCUUUUCAGUGAGCGGACCACGGUCCUCCGCACACUUAAAAGAGCGAAGCACGAACGGGGGCUCUUUCGCUCGUUUUCGCUCUUUUCGCUGAGCGCAAGUGAGCGCAAAAGAGCGCAAACGAGCGAACGAGCAAAUGAGCGCAAACGAGCGCAAGUGAGCGAACGAGCGCAAGUGAGCCCGUACACUGCUCGUUUCGCACAGUGGCACAUUUGUGUGUAGUAGAAUUAUGCGGUGUGCGUGUACUCAACGGUGUAACGGCGCGUGUACGAUCGCUCGUUUGCGCUCGUUCGCUCGUUCGCUCGUUUGAAAAGAGCAAAAGAGCUAGCCUGUUCGGCAGUCAACUGCCGUCAAGCGCUCGCUCACUCUUUUAGGUGAGCGGAGUGAGCGAGGUACCUCGCUCGCUCGUUUAUCUGACAGCAACGAUUCGCGAUCAAGUCGCUUUUCAUUCUUAUUGUGACCAACGGUUUUCAUUUUUUUGACAACGUAUAGUGAAAUAGCCUUAACUUAGGCCCUUCAGUUCAUUUACUAAUUUCAUUUAACACAGUUGCGUGCACACACAUGCACAACUAUACGUAUUCGUUUGUAACAAUGCUGUCCAAUUUUUGUUCCUAGCAAUCAUGUGGUUCGGGUUAGAAGUAGUACCCCGCCGAUCGCCCCAUAGUCUGUACUAACCAUUCUUUUAACUCGUUCUUUGAUGAGAUGUAUGAGGAUAGUGUAAACUUUCCAUAGGUUAGUGAAACCGAGAGAUAGUACUACCUCUUACUUUCGUUUUUGCCUAGCAAAGCUUUUCAUGGUUUUAGUUUUAAUUGUUUAGAUUUUUGCAUUUCAUUUGCGACUAUACUCAAACAAAUUGUAUAAAUUAUACGUAGCGUAUUUAGGUUAGUUAGUAAUUUUCCUACUAAACCGCAAAGUUCAGCACUGUUUUUCUACUAAAGUUAACCUACUGAACCGCAAGCAGCACCCAGUGCUGGUGGAAUGAGUUUCACGGGCCGUCAAGGCAAUUACUGCAUGCACCUCUCUCAAAAACGACAAUUUCGCAUCAUUGGCUCACUCUAGGGCAAGAUAUACGUAAACCAAAACCCACGCACAACCCCACUUGCCCACCCCCUCCUCCCCCCCCCCCCCCCCCCUCAUUCCUCUCAGCCUUUUCUGCCCAUAUCGACAUAGAAGACUGUGCAAGAUGAGCCGCGAGGUGCUCCUAGCCCCUCAUUCAUUUAUAGCAUCAAGGACAUAUGCCUUGUAUGCGGCAAUGGAUGCAAAAUACGUGUCCAAACUCGUAGCAUUGAUUACACUAUUAAUAAUAAUAAUAAUUAUAAUAAAAUGCAACCGUGAGCCUCGGCGUGUUGCAAACGGUUGCGCAGUUUGGUAGGAUCGAUCGUAAUUAUUAUACUUUAUUCAAUUGUAUAUUUAAAAACUCAUUACUUAGCUGGAUCGUUUAGACGUUUUAGUAGCCGUACUUCUAAUUGCUUACUAGCAAUGCUUUACAACACAAGACAUUUAUUUCAAUCGCUAAGCUGAAUACAAUCUAAUUACUCGAAAUAUUCUAAUUUAACCAAGACAACCAAACCAGCAAAAUCUCUCGUACCCUUUGCGAUGUGAUAAGGGAUAGGAGAGAAGGAGAGAAGGGACGGAUGGGAAGAAACUUGCUGCUUCACAAAGAUACACACCAUAUCUAACUCUAAAUCAUCAUUCAAACAACCAUAAACACACCCAUGCAAGAGAUUCAGCAGCCAGAUUCAGGGCUGAACCGCAACGCACAAAUGAAGAUGCUAGGUAGUAGUUGAGCGAAACAAAUGAGAACCAUGUGAAACAUAUGAAUCAUAUUAUUGCGGGGGAGGGAUGGAGCCUAAUCGGUAAAUAGAAUAAAGGAUUUCUCUUGAUACAUAACAUUUAGCUUCGCAACAACAAAUUUAUGAGGGAGGGUAGUUUGGGAUCCGACUUUAUUUCCAGAUUGUACGCUCCCAUGUUUCUUGGCCCGGAAUAAUCACAAAGCAUCACACCACGAAGGUUUGUGGUUACGAUACAGUGUCCCGUCUGUGGUUUGUCCCGAGCUGUGAUACAAGGACGACCGAUAAAGUUGGUGCUGGCUGGCCAGCUGACUCCCACGGUGCCCCCGGGUGGAGUACCCAUUUUAAGACCAUUCCAGACCUCACUCGAAAGGUGUGUCUGCUGAUCACCGAUUGGAUG